CUCCUCUCCAAACAAUCACGGCCACGCAUCCUUUCGCCUCACUUGUGCGCCGUCACGCUACUUCUUUUUUUUAGUCAACAGCCUUUGUAUAGAAUCCCUUUUUCUUGACCACUUCUUGUAUCUUGUCCACCUUAUUCCUUAGAACUCCUCCCCCUUUUGUACAUUACCUUGCUUCUUGCGCUGGCCACGCGGCAACACACACGGUCAGACGACAUCCGACUUUGCCCAAUCAUCUGCGCACCCGCCCGUCGCACGACAUCUACCCGUUUGCAACCGACACCUGUCGCCCAUACGCUUCAUAUCCCCUCCUGUUUUCGCGACCUCCGCGCCGCACCCGACCAUGCCUCUCCUCGGCGGAAAGGGCAACAAGUUCAAAGCUGAUCCCCCCAAGAUCAGAAUCGAACGUGUUGCCGUCGAGAGACCUACGCCUGUGAAACCCAAGACGAAGCCAUCCUCCCUCGCUUCCAAAACCGCAUCCUCCUCGCGUGCCGCAUCCACGCCUGGUUCUUCCCCGAAACCGUCGCCGCGACCAAAGAGUCACUCCCCGUACCCUUCGUCGUCGGACGAAAAGCGCCUCGAGCGGAAGCGCAAGGCAGCCCCCUCGACCCCCGCGAAGAACAAGUCGCCGACGAAUAAUCGAAUCGCGUUCGAUAAGGACAGCGACAAUGAAGACGACGGCGGCUGGAUGAACCUCGACACCCGCAAGCGGCAGCGCAAGAGCGGCGACUCGGAACAGCUGUCCGACCCGAACCGCAAGCUCCGCAAUGUGCAGGCAUAUGAGGAGCCUGAAGCUGGCCUCAAGUUUAUUCAUGCGCCUGAUAUUCCGUCGCAAGAUACCAAGUUGGUGCCCGUCAUGGGCGGAACCAUGGACGACGUGGCUAUUGAGAUUCAAUAUCCUAGCCCGCAACCUAGGGAACGAUACGAGCUAGUAUGGGGCAAGGACAAAAUCGAUGCAGUUCAAGCGAGUAUCCGAAUCGUGCAGCUCGUAGCCGAAAACUACCUCUCAGGCGACGAAGCCGAGCCGUUCACCAACCAAACCAACGGGUUUAUCCGACGCCUCGAAAAGGCAUCGAACCGAAACAUCCAAGACUUGGCUGGUUUCAAGUCUGCCAUUCGCGAAUACAACCAGUCGCUCCUUGCUCUCAUAGAAGACGGCGUCAUCGCCAAGAACCUCGACAAGAUGCACGAGCUGCCGGCGCAUCUCGUGGCGUUUAUCCUCGACCAAGUCUACGACCGCACCGUCGCCCCCAAAGUUGAUCUGCUGUCCAAGUACGAAAACGGCACCGAUUACGUCUACGGCGAGCUUCUGCAUCCUUUCAUAACCAAGCUGCUGGUCGAGCAGACCAAGAUGACGUCAGACCAGGUCUUUGUCGACUUGGGGUCGGGCGUAGGAAACGUGGUGCUGCAGGCGGCACUAGAGGUUGGCUGCGAGGCUGUGGGCUGUGAAAUGAUGGAAAAUGCAUGCAAUCUGGCUGACGCGCAGGCCAAGGAGUUUGAUGCUCGCUGCAAGCUCUGGGGUAUCCAGGCCGGCAAGGUCCAGCUUGAGCGCGGCGACUUCCGCAAGAACCCCGUCGUCCUCAAGGCUCUGCAGCGUGCUGAUGUUGUUCUCGUCAACAAUAAAGCCUUUACUUCGCAGCUCAACGACGACUUGGUGCGCAUGUUCCUUGACUUGAAGCCCGGGUGCAAGGUCAUAUCUCUGCGUUCCUUUGUCACCGACUUUAAGAGCUCGCAUAACAUCAACGACGUCGGAAGUACCAUUUUGGACGUGGAAGAGUUUGCUUAUCCCGAAGGCUUUGUCAGCUGGACGAAUGCAGGAGGCCCGUAUUUCAUUUCCACAAGGAAAGGCGUCUAAAAGUCCCCGUUAGAAGCCAAGCAAACCAAAAUAAGAAAAAAAAAAGAGGUGAUGAAGCGCAAUUGCAGGCGAACAUUUCACCAUAGAGAUACAUAC